AUGGGGCAGCCAAAGCAUGGCGAAUUUCCCACCAAGGAAUGUGCCUGGCAGCAUGAUAGCUUCAACAAAGCUGCCAGCAGGAGUCUCACCCACAGUGGGGACAGUGACGGCCACACCUGUUUGCCUCCGACACAACAAGAGGCAUCGGCUCCCACUAGUCGCAGCAGAAGCAGCAGCAACAGUCAUGAUGGCAGCAGCAACAGCAACAGCAGCAGCAGCAGCGCAAGAAGCGCAUCAAAUGGGGGGUCUGCGCAUUCGCUUCCCAGACUUUUAAACCCAGUAUCCGGUUUUUCCGUGCGGCGCAUUAGGGAGGGCCCUGUCAGCCUCCAUUGGCCUGCUACUGCUGGCUCUGCUGCAGCGCGGGGCAAUAAUCUGCACAAUCUUUCCCCCGCGACAGCUGCAAAAGCAACAGAGAUCGCAGCUCUAGCUGGUGGUUCGAGGCAUGCUGCAGCGAUGCAGUCUUUAAAUGCUCCGUGGCUUCCAUCGAACCCACUGCUGUGCGAGCAGCAGCAACGCCAGUUGCUACGGCUAGAACCUCAGAAGCAUGAACUGCAGCACAGGGAGAAACAGCAGCAGCAACGACAGAAAAAUACUCCCCUUACUUCUUCAGGAGUCAAUUCGCAUACUGUCGCUGCAGCGCGUCGGCAGCAAGAGUACCCAAAGCAGCAGCAACAGCAGCAGCAGCGGCACAUUGAGCAGACCGAACAGCAGCAGGAGGAACAAGAGGUAGCAACGGAGGAACAGAAGUGCCGGUUGCACAAGUUGAAGCAGCAGCUGCACUCUCUGGGAUACAAGGACAAUCUGGACGCCAAAAGCUGCCAGCUCGCCUCCCGGCUGCUCUCUGACCUAGUCAAAUCUGUUGGACACUUCAGGGCUCUCAUCAUCAGGUACAGAGAGCUGCAGCAACGGCUGCGUGAAGAAACCGUCGCUGCCGCUGCUGCCGCUGCUGGCCAGCAGCGGGAGGCAGCAGAAGCAGAAAAGUACAAAAGGGAAGCAGAGGCAGUACACCGACAGCUACGGCAGCAGCAACGACAUCAGCAGCAGCUGCAGGAAGAGCUGCGGUCAUGCAGAGCGCUUGUUGGAACGUCUGGAGUUAUUGUGACUGUUUCUACUGUUCAUGUUGCCGUCGUUAGCCGACCAUUCUGUUUACAAUUGCCAUCGUUGCAGUUGCGCUUCUGCUGCUUCAUUUCUGUUGCUGCCACUUAUCCAGUCUUUGCCGUAAUAAAUUGCCCUGUCGUAGCACGGUCACUGGUCUUCACAUUCUUGCUGGUUCUGUCUGGUCGCGGGGCUGCUGCAGGAGAUGCCGCAGGAGCCUCAGAGCUGUUGGAGCAGCUGCGGGAUGGGCGCCAGCUGCUGCAGCAGCAGCUGCCUCGACAGCAACAGAACCACGAAAAGGAAAUAGAGGAGAUGCAUGAGCUGCAGAAACGAGAGGAUAACGCAGAGAAAACGGAACUGCGCCUUUCGCUGCUUUCAAAAGAGAAAGAACUGAGAGAGCUUCAGGAGGAUUUUGAUGCGCUAAACGCUAGCCAUCAGGCGUUGCGUUCUGCUAGCCUGAAAAACAGGAACAGCAGCAGGUCUUCAGCCCGCCCUACUACUGCCGCAAGCAGUAGCAAAGCCUGCAACAGGAGGUUGCUGCUGCUAAGGAACACUCGAGGCGACGCCACAACAGAACGCCGGCUGCUGCUGCAACGUUGCAACUCCCUCCAGAAACAGCUAAGAGCGGCGCAGGCUGAAAAGGAGGAAGUUGCUGCAGAGUUGAAGCAGUGGAUAUCAAGGGUAAUGAAUUUUGAGAGCGGCCUUCAGCAUGCGAAAGAAAAGGCGACAGCAGCGGAAAAGGAACAGGAAGUGCUGCGGCAGAAGAAUUGCAUGGAGAAGAUCCAGGCUGCAAAGCAGGAACAGAGGAUGCAGCAGCAGCAGGAGAUACGGCACCUCCAGCAGCAGCUUGAGGCUGAACGCAAACGCAACAAUGAAAUGCGGGAAGCGCUUCUCGGACUUCAAGCAGCCAGCAAGACCGCGCAGCGGCACGCUGCCUUGCUUUUGCAGCAGCAGAAACGGCAUGAGGAGCAGCUGCAACAACAAAAUAUGCAGCAGCAGCAGCAGCAGCAGCCGAGCUGGGCUACUUGUCACGAGCAUGCUGCUGCCGUUGCUGGUUCUGGUGCUGCUACCAACCCAGCAGAGCCUGCUGCUGCAGUCACUCCGCGACGAGGCGCAAGCUACAACUUUCAGGUUUGUCUGGACUUCAAGAGCUGGCUUAGCAUCAUUGGUUGCUUAGCACUGCGAUUGGAGCAAGAGAAGCAACGCAGAAGCGACGCAUGCCCAGCAUCUCCUUUAAGGCAACAACAGCAGCAACAGCUGCAGCAGGAGCUUCAACAGCUGAAGCUACAGCAGCAAAAACAGCAGCAAAUGGAGCAGCAUCUUCGUUCGCAGCUCGAGGCACAGGCGAUGACGCUGGCAGAACACCGCAAGACAGUGGUAGACCUGCAGCACCAACUUCUUACAGCCGAGCUUGAAAGAUCCAGGAGCGCCGAGGCUGUGUCCGCUCUAGAGGCUGACAAACGAAAGGCUGAAGAGUCCAUCGAACUGCUACAGCAGCUGCUGAAGCAGAGCGAGCAGCAGCAGUGGCAACUGCAGCGACGCGUGGAGGCGGCAGAGGAAGUAGCUGCACAACAGCAACAGCAGCAGCAGCAGCAGAAACAACAGCAACAACGACAGCAGCAAACGGAGGAGCUCGUCGCGCACUUGACACUAACGCAAGCCGAGGGGCAGCAGCGUCAAGAAGCACUAAAAGCUGAGAAUGCAGCCUUGCAGACCGAGCUGCAGCAACAGCAGAAUCAGCUGCGCAACGCAGCAGCCGAACUUGAAGCUGCAACUCGGCGGUGCAUAAUGGCUGAGACGGACAACGAGAGUUUAAUAGACAAGCUCGAUACUCUUGCCGCUGCUCUUGCUGCCAAAGCGGCUGCAGAGGACACAAAAUCAACAGCACCAGCACUCACUGCCUUAGCUCCUCUGUCCAUAGCGCAUCCGCAUGAGCCAGCAGCAGCAGCAGCUGCUGCUGCUGCCUCAGUGAGGGGCUCCUUGCGACUGCGCUGA